GAGAGAAGUACAGUGCUGUUUCUUGUAAUUCAAGCUCUCUGUGAUGGAGAACGGUAACUCAGUGCCUUUAGAAGCCAAACCUCGCAUUAUCCAGAUCUCACGCAGUGUAUCCUUCAGCGCUUGUCACAGACUGCACAGCAAACAUCUGAGUGACGAAGAAAAUAAAAAAAUCUUUGGGAAAUGCAACCACCCAAACGGCCAUGGGCACAACUACAAAGCUAUAAUCACUGUGCGCGGAAAGAUCGAUCCUCUCACUGGGAUGGUGAUGAACCUAAGUGAUCUGAAGCGUCACAUGGAGGAAGCCAUUAUUGUUCCCAUGGACCACAAAAAUCUGGAUAAGGAUGUCCCUUUUUUCAGAAAUAAUACUAGUUCAGUAGAGAAUGUGGCAGUAUUCAUCUGGGAGGGUCUGCAAAAGAGGCUUCCUGAAGGGCUUCUUUAUGAAGUUUGCGUACAUGAAACAGAUUCCAACAGUGCUGUAUACAGAGGGGAGUGAAGAGAAUCCAAUGCUGUGAAGACCAGCUCCGGCAGAUAUCUGCUCUGUAGACAGUGAAUUGUUAUAGUGGUUUGUGUAAAUAACAGGAUAUGUAGGAAGACAAUUACGUUUGUAAACCAGGUCAGCAAAAGUUCUCACAAACUGAACAGUAAAAAUUCACUAAGGAUACAAUGUAGUGAAUAGUGUCUCUUUUUUUAAUUACUGUCAGUUUUUGGACUGUGGAAAUAUUAGUCAUAAUUAAUCAGUUAACAUCUUCCCAAAUGAUAGACAUUAAAUAUCAAUAUUUUUUUAUAUAAAAUGCUACGUAUUAUUAAAUAUUUUACUGUUCGUUUAAUACAUUUAUUCUUUGUGAAGAAAUUAUAUAUUACUAUUAAAGUUAUACUUUUUUUUUCA